AUGAAACAAGGUAACCGUGGACAACCACUAUCAGCUCGAGCUUUCAGCGGGCGUUGCCUGGGCUGCAACAAGAUUGAUCAUAAGAAGGUGGAUUGUCCAUCAAGUGCACGCAGUGUUGAGGUACUGUUUAUGGCAAGGCUGAAUGAAAAAUUAGAUUGGUUGAUUGAUAGUGGUGCACCAUCGCGCAUGAUCCCUGAGCGAAAGAAUUUUCAGACAUACAGAGAGUUAAAAGAAACAUUGGUGUUACAACUGCUGAUGGUGAAUCACUCCAUGUGGUUGGUACGGGUGGUAUUCACAUGCAAGGCCCUCAAGGUCGCAUAG